CAUAAGUUAUUUCCCAGAAUUGUAAGGCAAUGAGAGUUAUGACAGUUUGUAGUCGGCGCUCAACCCGCACGCCCUGCAUGGCUGUUGUUGUGUUGUCUGAGGGGGGUACCCAACCAGUGAGUCAUCUUGCGCUAGCUUCACCUAAGCAGACCCUUGCUUUACCCCAUAAGUUACCGCAUUGAUCGCUAAUUCUUAAAAUAUUUAACCAAACAAUAUUUUCACUCAUGGUCUUAGCUAACGUUACCCCGUAGCUAUGUGUUGGUGUUUGGCCUCGAACACUCAGUGAAGAUGUCUAGCUACGGUUAAAUAGCUAACGUUAGCCAGCUAACUUAGCUUGCUAAUUAGGUAGCUAGCUCCUUCUGUAACGUUGAGCUCGCUCAGUAUUCAGACAGUAUUGUAGUUAACUAGAGCAGUGCAGUCUAAGGGCACUGAAUAAUAAUGCAUUUGACGUGAGCUCUAACAAGCUAGGUAGAUAGCCCUUCAACUUCCAGGCAGCUUUAGCCCCUCACUUCUAGGCAACUUUAGCGGGCACUUUGCAUGGAGACUAGAGUACAUGUUUGUAGAGUAGAGGGAACACACGAUGAUCGAUCAACUGUGUGUAUAGGGCUUUGCCACCUGAUGAUUUGGGUGGGUGUAGUCUUCUCACACCCCUCAUCCUGAGUGAACCCCCUUGAUGCGCCCCUGUACACCCAAACACACACGCAUUCAAUCCACGCACCGGCGAUGACACACCAUCCCAACAACUCAGUUCGAGACCACAUGAAAUGGGCCGGGUUGCUGGGCUGUGAGGCGGUGCUGUCCAGCAUGGCCCUGAUGCAGGCCAACAACAUGUCUGGGGGACAAAAGAAGAUGUCACAGCACGACCAGGGCCAGAGGGACAUCAACAACCCUGAGAGCCACCAGCAGCAGUCUCACCAAUCACACCACAACAAUCACCAGUCCCACCACAGCCACAUGGUUCUGCCCUUGGGAGUCAGCUGCCCACCCCUGUUUAUUAGAAAGGAUGGACACUCGUGUCACGCACCCAGGCUGCUGGAUGAGAAAGAUAUGCAGGCCAGCCAGAAUACACAACCGACAAAAAAGAAGCACAGAAAAUCAGCCACACCCAACAAGCUGAGAGAGAAAGUGGAGCAGGUGGAGAUGGAUAUUAAUGGUGAUGAUCACAAUUCACAAGUACAGAAGAACUUUAUCUGUGAGCACUGCUAUGGAGCAUUCCGAAGUAGCUACCACCUGAAGCGGCACAUUCUCACUCAUACAGGGGAGAAGCCGUUUGCGUGUGACGUGUGUGACAUGCGGUUUAUUCAGCGAUACCACCUGGACAGACACAAGAGAGUUCACAGUGGAGAGAAGCCCUACCAGUGUGAUCGCUGCAAUCAGAGUUUCUCGCGGACGGACCGUCUGCUACGUCAUCGCCGUCUGUGUGGGGCGGGAAGGAGCAUUCCCAAGGAGGAGAACCAGUCAUUCUCCUGCGAGGGCAGAGGAGGAGCCUACUCCCAGGAUGCACCUGGGCACACGGCUGCCUGGAGCCCCCUACAGCAGCAGAGCAGCCGUCUGGCUGUCUGAUCUUUAAACGCUGACCCUCUCACAGACAGCAGUGCUGCAUCUUCCCUCAGCCCAGAUAAACCUGGCUAAGACAGACACCAAACCUUAAGUUGUUCUCACCAACUAGCUCAUAUCCUGUUGAUGGGAUAGUGGAUUAUUUUCUACUUUUGUAAUAACUUUUUAAAUAAAUGUUGUAUUGUUACGUACAUGGUACUUAACAGAAGGGGAAGACGAGACCUCGGGUGGGGUGGGAGGAGUUUGGGCAAGCUGUCAUAUUACUACGGCAAUAAUGAAUUCAUUAACUGACAUGUUUUAGCCUCAAUUGGACAAGUGUUUUUUUUUUUUUGACUGGAGACUUAAGCUCUUUCCAGACAGUAAGAGAAAAUUCAGAGUGGAGUUCGGCGAAAUCGAGCAGAUUCCUAUUAUCUCCGUAAGGCAGCUUUCACGUGCACUGCUGACCGCUCCGCCUGGAUAGAAUCCCCCACCCCCACCCCCUAGCUCCAUUGAAUGGGAAACUCCACCGCUACUUCCUGCCUGGAAAGCCCUUUAUUGUGAGGUUGGUCUGGUCAUACCAAUAUGAACAACUGGCUUUGCUUCUUCUUCUUUUUUUUUUAACCAUUUGAUUGUAUGUGUACGCUUACCAUUGGACAAUACGGAUCAGUAACCUAGGACACUCUUCCUGAUCCACUAGCAGCCUCAGUGGCCAAGCACAUCAUACUAUGGACAUUAUUAAGUAUUUGAAGGAAAAUGUUGAACACACAAAUCCUUGUGGCCUUGAACCACUCAGAUUCAUUCAAGUUGGUUCUGUUACUACUACUAGCUUAACAGUUCCUGGUUUGACUUGUUAGUGAAUGGCCGUAGCCUAAUAGACCUGUGUAACUAGCUGACCCUACCUUGAUAUUGAGAUCAUUGGGUAGUUGACACAUUUCUUGUUCUCCAUUGUUAGUGUCAUUUACAUACAUCCAGUUCUUGUUAUGUUUGACUCAAUUCUGUCUAAAGAUAUCUAACUUUCUAAUUUGCUACACUGGUCAGAUGUUUAACUCUAGAACCUCACAUAGCUACCGUUUUGGGGAUAGUGACCAUGGAAAUGAAAUUACUCAUGUCCAUUCUAGUAUUCUAAGUGAUCUCGUGUUUCUUUGUUGUGAAUAAUCAGGUGUCUUAUCUCAAAGGACGUCUGUGCAUGUAAGUCUAUUCUAUAUUCAUUCAGACUCUAUGAAGAGUAUCAAUAGGUAGUUUUUUUGUCUUUCAUUGUUAUCAAAUGUCCUGAGUAUGUCGAUCCAUCUUGUUAUAUUUCUGGUGUUAUUUUAAAGAAGAGGUAAUCUCAUGAAGCAGGACAGUUGACCUGCUCUGACCCAGUUUGUGAACAAAUGCUUCCUCUAUAAUAUCAUACCAUGUUGAUGUUUCUACAGUGAGCUCAGUGUUGUGACAGUUGUUGUUGUUUUCGCUCUGUACUCCAGCACGUUGGAUUGGAAUGAUACGAGGUUAAAGUGCAGACUGUCAGCUUUAGUUUCAUCCAAAUCGGGUGAGCCGUUGAAUAAUUACAGCAUUUUCUGGUCAAAUUCACUUAUACAGUAUGUGUAUUACAGUUAUCAAAAGUUAAGUAUUUGGUCCAAUAUUCAUAGCAUGUAAUGGUAUCAAGCUUGUGACUCUACACAUUUCUUGGAUGCAUUUGCUGUUGGUUUUGAUUGUUUCAGAUUAUUUUGUAAUCGAAAUCAAUGGUAAAUAACGCAUUGUGUCACCUACACCUACAUUGAUGUGGAUGCUACCAGGAUUGCGGAUAAUCCUGAAUGAAUCGUGAAUAAUGAUGAGUGAGAAAGUUAGAGGCACAAUCUAAAAUGACACUACAUUAUUUACCAUUCAUUUCUAUUGUGCACAAAAUAAUCUGAAACACAAGUUUGUAGAGUGACAAGUUUAACGUAGUCAUUGCGUGCUAGGAAUAUGGGAGCAAACACUAAACUUUUUACUAUUUGUCCCAAUACUUUUGGCCCCCUAAAAUGGGGAGACUAUUUACAAAAAGUGUUUGUAAUUUCAAAAUGGUUCACCUGAUAUUGAUGAAAAACCCCUCAAAUAAAGCUGAUAGCCUAGUCUGCACUUUAACCUUAUAGUCAUUGUAUAAUUUCAAAUCCAAUGUGCUGGAGUAAAGAUGUGAAAACAACAAAUGUCACUCCCAAUAAUUUGAGCUCACUUUAUUCACCUCUAGCAUCUAAAGUGAAGAUUACCAUUUCUGAAAUCCAAAUCGACCCCUACAACCUAGGCACUCCUGUAGAUCUGAGAGAAAUUCUAAUAUGGUAUUAUGGUAAUACCAUCUAGUCUAAUCCUCUCAGACCUACAGGAAUGGCUAAACAGUAGGUGCUAGGGGUCGGUUUAGAAUUCAGUAUAUUUCUCAGUGGACAUCCAUGGUAACAGAAGUUCCACUGGGUUUUUAUUUUUCUCUCACAUUUUUAUUGGAGCAUCUCCGGUUCCAUUAUGGUAGCCUGGUCCCACAUCAGUUUGUACUGGCUUGCCAACUCCUGUGGUCAUUGCCAUACCAAUGACCAUAGGAGUUGGCAAUACAGCACAAACAGAUCUGGGACCAAGCUAUCAUUGACAUUCUAUAUCUGUAAACACUGGAUUGAGGAAGCCCAAAAUAUAGGAGAUACAACAGUUAUCUGUUUAGACCGAGAAUCUUUUCUAUAGAGGACAAGUAGUUACUAUCGCAUCACAGUCAGAUUGUAAGUCGUGUCAAAGGAGUUGGUGGCCCUUUACAAAGACUAAAGCCAGUUAGUUUUCUACUGCUGAAUUUAAGUUAAUAUAUAUUUUAAAAUUAGGAGUAGAGGCAGAACUGCCACUAGUGCCUGUCUACUGUAGCAGUCAUAAUUAACUUUUUUAUUACUAGUAGUUUUGCAUGCAUCUGUGAUUGUCAAAAUGAAGGGAUAUUGUAUAAAUGUUUUUAGUACAAAUGGUUUAAAAAUAAAAUUAGUUUUUUUAAAGUAAAAUAACUUUGUCAUUAUCACAAUCCUAGUAAAGUUGUGAUAAAAUAAAGUUGACUCGGUAACAUUGUAGUGAAUGGAAAAACUAGGGCCUCAAGCUUUAAUAAACGUGUUUCUCUUUU